GUUCAAUGCCAGGAGACCAUUUGCACACCAUUUUUUAAACUUCCAGGCGAUGACGUGCACUAUUACGAAAUUACAUCAAAAACAAUUCUGCCAUUCCAAGAAUACGACUUAGUUCGAAUUGGCGGCUAUGGGAGCGUUAGAAAAGUCAGAAUCCACCACGCGCAUUAUAGCCGCGAUGCUAUGUCCAAGGCAAGACCGAGGGAAAGUCUUCCGGCAUUUCGCGGUCAAGCAACUUCAUCUUGAAACUCAUGAAGAGUAUGCGAGAGAAGUGGAGCUUUUUGAAAGACUAGGAAUGGGAUCAAGAGGGCCAGACCCCGACCAUUUAAUCCAGCUUCAGCUCACCUACAAAUAUGGACAGUCUUACUACCUGGUCUUUCCCUGGGCAGAUGGUAACCUGAAGGAAUUCUGGAGCCAAAAUAUUGCCAACCCAGAGAGCAAAGCUGAGUCCGUCUGGUUCCUCAGCCAAUGUUCAGGCCUCGUCCGCGCCCUUCGAAGAAUUCAUAAUCUGAGGACCAUGUCCAAAGAAGACAACUGCGUCCCUGUUCCAAACGAACCAAACUCGUUGCUUGAUAACAAACACUGGGGCCGACAUGGCGACAUCAAGCCAGAAAACAUUCUUUGGUUCAAGAAAUACGAAGAGUCGCGUCGCAACUUUCUUGUGAUCUCCGAUUUUGGGUUAACUCGAUUCAACAGUGUAGAUUCCAGAUCGAAAGUCGCUCACGAGGCACUCAGGGGCUUCUCGGGGUCCUAUCGGCCUCCCGACGUGGAUCUGAAAAGAACCAUAUCGCAGAGGUAUGAUAUCUGGUCUCUGGGCUGCGUCUUCCUCGAGUUCGUAUCGUGGUUUCUUGUCGGCGACGAUCGAACACAAAACGAUUUCACAGACGCUCGGAUCCAAGAAGAUGGCUUGCAUACUGGGUCGAGGAUUCUUGUUGAAGAUAAGUUCUUCAACUUUAAUCCAAGUAAAGAUGAUACACCCUCGACGGCUGAAGUGAAGACAUCCGUCACUGAUUGGAUUGAUUACCUACAUCGGCAGGAGAGCUGUGCUGAGCCCGUGCAUGAAAUGCUGAACCUCAUUCAGCACACAAUGCUUGUGCCAGAUGCUAAAGAGAGAUGGGCUUGCUCGAGGAUACAGCCUGUGAUUAACGAUUUGAUCCGGAAGAGCAAAUGUGACACAGCUUAUGCCACCAUUGGGACUCACGGCGUGUCCGAUCCAUUGAGAUUUCCCUGUAUAUCUGUGGAAUCUCCUGCUGUAUGUGAUCAGCCCGACAACAUUUGCCACGUUUUGAAUGACAUCGGAGAGCAGGAAGGCAAAAUACCGAGUUUACCUGGCACUCCUGAAAAGGCCGUCCGAAGGGAUAGAUCAUUAUCUCUUUCGCCAGCAGCUGCCAUCAGCAGCAGGGGGCGUAAGCCGUCCCAAACAAACGACCGCGUGAAACGACCGCCAGUCAAGCCAGUGGUCUCUCCCAUUCAAUCAUCUUACUUCUCUCGUUCAGUCACUGAACCUAGUUCCAUACUGGCCUCCGAGGGGGAGAGUAUUGCGAGGUUGGUGAGGUUGUUGUCCUUUAGUACGGAAGAUUCCACACAAUUGAUCAUGAGUCUGUCGGAGGCGGCAUCAAGUUUCGCGAGUACACCAGACAUGUCCCCGUUCCCUAGUCAGUCGGGUGAAGACUGUUUUGAUGUACUCGAACAAAACUUGGUCCUAAGGCAGAAGGAAGCCUGUGAGGGCGUCAAGGUGCCAAAUGAAAAGCAACCAACACAACGGCGUGAAGAAGCUAUUGCAUUGACAGAAACAUAGUGAAUGGAAAGGUCUUCUGCAGUGCAUGCACAGAGGCAGCAACUCGUGUAUUCGGAGAGGCCUGAAGACGAGUAUAGCUUCGGAAGCAUGUAUGUGAUAACGCCU